CCGACGUCUAUCAUGAAGCUCCUGGUAUUAGCACUCGUGGCUACUGCGUCCGCUGCUCCUCAGGGGUACAACCUGGGCACGCCCUCGGGACCUUCCUUUGAGUCUGGGAGCUGUGGGGAUGGACAGGUGCGGCACGUGGACGGAAGCUGCGUCACACCGCAGGUGAACAGCCGUGUGUUCCUGUACGAUGUGCCAGCAAACGAAGGUGCCGUCAAUCGGCCAGACUACAUUCCGGAGCCUAAAGUGGAGCGCAAUAUCAUUUUUGUAAGACUGCCUGAAGGUGCAGAUGGACCAGAACCCAUCGUCGUACCACCGCCACAACAGCAACACGUGGUGUAUGUCCUGAACAAGCAGUCUGAACAAGACCAGCGAGUGAUCGAGGUUCCUGCACCACCGCCAUCCAACCCUGAAGUGUUCUUCGUGAACUACGCAGAAGGAGAGAACCCGACUCUUCCCAGCGGAGUAGACCUCCAGACGGCGCUGAGUUCAGCUUCCCAGGGCGGCGGUCAAGUUGUUGGAGGUGGUGGAGUUGGAGGAGGAAUCGGAGGCGGAAUUGGAGGUGGAAUCGGAGGCGGAAUUGGAGGUGGUAUCGGAGGCGGAAUUGGGGGUGGUAUUGGAGGAGGCAUCGGUGGCGGUAUCGGAGGUGGAAUUGGGGGUGGUAUCGGUGGCGGAAUUGGAGGUGGUAUCGGAGGCGGAAUUGGAGGUGGUAUCGGAGGCGGAAUUGGAGGUAUCGGAGGCGGGUGGAGGUGGUAUCGGAGGCGGAAUUGGAGGCGGUAUCGGAGGUGGAAGUGGAGGAGGCAUCGGUGGUGGUAUCGGAGACGGUACUUAUUCCCCCCCUUCUAACCUGUACGGAACACCUUGAAAUCACCCCUGUGCCAUUUAUUUAUUAGUGUUAUGUAGACUGCUAUUGUAUUUCAUCCCUCUCCUUUUCGCCCUUCGUCUUUCCUUCCAUAUCUUUCUCUCUCUCCCUUCAUCCCCCUGUUUCUCUCUCGCUCUCCCGGUUGCUGUUGCUCUCUUUAAACACACAUUAUUUAUAUUUGCUUACAAAAUAUUGACCCAGAUAUCUAAGAAGUAUACUUCCAUGAAAAGCAUUUAUUGUGAAUAAGGAAAUAAAUGAAUUACAACGACAA